GGUUCGUAAUUUAGAAACGUCUCUUAGUUAUCACUUUGUAUUUUGUAAUAUUAAUUUCAAAUUUGUAGUAAUUACUUUGAAACUCAUUAUUAAUAACAAUGUAUUUUUUUGGAGUGGCACAAAUGGCCUUCCAUAUAACGUUCGCACAGUUCCAGUCAGUUUCAGGUGUCCUGAACAUUUACCAGCUGUGAGGUUAGGUCUUGAUAUGWGACCUGGUUAAUAAGGUUUGUUAGAGGUCCUCCUCCUCCUCGGCUCUGCCUCGGGAUGAUAAGUUUCUGGUCUUUCCUGUCGGUCGACAAAGACCAACCGUGUGGGCGGCUGCAGGGAGAAGGCGCAGAGAGGGAACACCGGCUUGGAUUUAUGGGAUGAGUUUCUUUAGACAAGCCUCAUGACGCAACACGUCAAACUGUCAGAGACACGAGGAGACAUGCAGGGAUUCCCGCGUUUCCUGUGACCAGGCGGACUGAGCAGCUGACAGACACGAACCCGUCCAGAGCUCCAGAAGAUGACCAGCCUCCUGCUGCUUUUUCUGCUGGCUGCUUUCUGUGGAGGAUCGUUCACAUUAAAAGAAGCAGAGAUCUCCACAAAGAUUAAAGCUCUUACCACAGCUGCUAAAGAAUGUAAGUUCCCAUUUCGUCAGGGAGGAAGGCUCCAUCAUCACUGCAUCACUGUCCUAACCUCAAAGCCCUGGUGCUCUCUCACACGUAACUUUGACCGGGACAAGCAGUGGCGCCUCUGUGUUCCAUCAGAUGGUCUUAACAACACAUCCCAUGUGGUACGUGACCCGUGUAGGGUGAAUCCAUGUCAGCACGGCGGAGUCUGCACACCAACACCACAGACCGGCUUGUUUAGCUGCUCCUGUCCAGAGAAAUUCACUGGAAGGUUAUGCGAGCAAAAGAGGUGCUACGAAACCCUACACCUGCGCUACUAUGACGUCGGCGCGACUUGGGGGCGAAUUCAUCUCCGUAACGUAGAACAGUGCACGUGUGUGGCCGGGGAGGCCGAGUGUCAAAGGGUCCGCUACACAACGUGCCGCAAAAAUCCCUGCCAGAAUCUUGGAACUUGUCGACUCAUCAUGAGCACCGGACAGGAAGUGUGUUACUGCAGAGCUGGUUACAGCGGGCCUCGAUGUAGCCUUCAGCCAGAGACACAGUGCUACAACGGCAGGGGCACAGGUUACAGAGGAGUGGUGGGCACCACGGCGUCUGGUGCCCGCUGUCUGCCCUGGAGCUCCGAACUGCUCUUUGACGAGCUCCAUGUGGGCUUAGUGGUGUCACCGGCUGCCAAGGGCCUGGGGGAGCAUGCUUUCUGCAGAAACCCAGACGGGGACAAGAGGCCCUGGUGCUACACUGUAACUGACAGCGCCAUCUCCUGGGAGUACUGUGACAUCCCCUCCUGUGUGACGCCUGCGUCUUCUUCUCAAAGGCUUAUGUUGCUCAAUGUCCCGCCAAGUGAUGGAAAACCAAACGCCUCCAAGCCGGCAAAAAACCCCGUGUGUGGGACGAGGCACAAGAAGAGGCUAGCGGUACCCAGGGGGCGGAUCUUCGGCGGCACCUCGGCCCUGCCAGGWAUGCAUCCAUGGAUGGCCGCCAUUUACAUCGGACAGUCCGAUUUCUGCGCCGGCAGCCUGAUCUCCUCCUGCUGGAUCGUCUCUGCAGCACACUGCUUCUUCCGCAACCCCCUGAGAUCUCAAAUCCGCGUGGUUCUGGGCCAGCACCACUUCAACGUUACGGGCCCCAACACCCAGACCUUCGCAGUGGAGAACUACAUCUUUCCCAACCAGUUUUCUGUGUUUAACCCCACAUCACAUGACAUUGUUCUGAUCAAGCUGAAGAAGCAGGACGGGCACUGCGUGAAGAAGACCCCGUUCAUCAGGCCCAUUUGUCUUCCGGAAAAAAACACAACCUUCCCCGCCGGCCACUGCUGCGCCAUCAGUGGCUGGGGCCACGUGAACGAGAAUGCGAGCAGUUACUCCACGCUGCAGGAGGCGGGUGUGAGACUAAUCUCCGACGAGAUCUGCAGGCACCCGGGAGUUUACGGCAACCACGUCACCUCCAACAUGAUCUGUGCCGGGCUGUCUGAAUGUGCAGACGCUUGUCAG